AUGAUAAUGAACUCUUCAAUAGCUCAGCGGAUAAGGAGCUUAAGGUGAUUUUUGGGUUCUUUUUGAAGAAAACGACCAAAAUUCAGCUUCUAUGCGAAAUCGAUCAAAGCCGGCGAACAGUCGGUUUCCGUGAAGCUGAACGACGGGCCUAGUUUAGAACUGAAAACAGGUGAAAAUACGGGAAAACUCAAUUAUUGGUAUAGUAUUCAAAAAAUUGAGAUUUUUAUGGUUUCAAGUUGUAAAAUUGUAUAUUUUCGCUUUGAGACCCAGGUUAAAGGCGCAGAGACUCUUUAUAACUUUAUAUCUGCUCCUAAAAAUCUUUUUUCAUGUGGGAUUUACAUUGUUUAGAAAGUAAAUUCGAUAUAUUAUUUCCCAAGGAAAUUUUUAGCACUUAUUGAAAUUUAUCAAGCCUUAUGAACACCUGAGUGGUCCCUAAAAGGGGAAACCUAUAAGGUCGCUCCUCUAGGGACCACUCUAGCUUUCUCAAGAUGAUUUGAUUCUUCGAGACCAAUUUGGAGUUGAAUUAUUCUCAAAAAUUUGUAAAUUUCCUGGGAAUUUUGACUUGCUUUGAUAACUUUUUCUUUAUUAAAUUUGUCUUUUUGAGACCCGAUUUUUCAAGCUUAGAAUGUAGUUGUGAGUCUAACUUCACAAAAUUCAAGGGCUACCAUUUUUUUUUGUCAACAUUGAGUUUCAAAAGCUCUAGAGAGAUUUUUUGUGCCUAGAAAACUGAAAUUUAAAUCUAUUUUGAUCGGGUUUUGAAGGAUUUUGUGGACCUGGUCGUAUUCUAAUUAUAGUAAAUAUUCGUUGAAAGUUUUUUUUCCGAUUUUUGAAUACGAUUCAAAAAUUUAGGGCAUGUCGCUCGGUUCACCAGCGGCGCCGUCGUCGCUUCCUGCGGUGGAAAUGCGAUUUUAGCAACUUGCGUCGCGAAUAAAAGCAAACCCGGCACACUUGUCGUCGACUACAAGUGACUUUUGGAAUUUCAUGUCGAGUGACUAGAGAAAAAUGGAAAAAAAGAGAAAAUUCAUAAGAAAAACGCUUUUUUUGAAGCUUUCGUGAAGGUUUUUCAUUCUUGAGUAUAUCAUUUUUCGAAAAAAAAAACCGAUAAAUUACUUAGGAACCCUAGUGUGGCCCCUAGAGAGGCGACCUUAGAUGUUUGAAGGGUCCACUUUAGGGAUCACAUUAUCUAACCCUAUAGGGGGCACUUUUGCAAGCUUUAGUGGCACCUAGUCGUUUCUUGUUUUUCUUUGAAUGUAACUCCAUGAGAAGAAGCAUUCAAAAAUCAAUGGGUUACUUUACCCCUAUAGGGACCACUUGAGGUUUUGAGACUUCGAGCUCAGAUCCUGAGCCCCUAUAGGGAACACUCAAACUUCGCCCCUCUAGAAAGCAAUAUUUUGCCUUCUAUAGGCGAUUUUUUUCCCUAACCCCUCUAGGGACCACUCUGGCGUUCCUAAGAAUUCUAGAAAGUUAUGAAUUUCGUUGAUGAUAAUCUUGAUUAUCAGACAAAGCGCCGCGGCAGUUGGCCGCAUUCCGACCAAUUUUUUGCGUCGCGAAUUGAGCCAGUCGGAUCACGAGAUUCUCCUUUCGAGGGCCAUUGACAGGUUUUGAGUUCAGCUUUUUGUGAAUUUAAGAAGAUUUAAAAAAUGAGCCAUCUUUUAAACUUUGUUGUCAUGAAAAUCCGAGAAAAAAUCUAGAAGUGUCUAAUUUUUAGGGAAAAUCCGCUUUAACAGUAGGAUUCAUAAAGAAGAUCAUUUUGAGUUUGUAUGGGAUUUUCAAGUUGGAGAUCGCAUUUGGAAUGGCUGAACGUGUUUCGUUCGUUUUCCUUACCUUUCCUUAUAUUUGAUGCCAUCGUGCGUAAACCGUUUCUGGUCGGGCGCACUUUUCUAUUUUCUCUUAGGAACCUUUAAGCCAAUAUUUUUACCUGAAAAGGUGCUUCAAAAAUGGGAAACUUCCAGUCUCGUUUUUCAAACAGUACAUGACCCCAAAGAUAAUCGAAAAGGCUUCAAAAGGGUGAUGAAUGCACUGUUUAGCAGUUUUGAGUUGCGAUUUCCUCGUUGAAAGUGAAAAAAAUUCCUCGCUUUCCAGAUCCCUCCGACCGCUACUCCCAGCGGAAUGCUGCGAAGUCCAAGUCGUUUGCAAGCCUCUGGUUCUGGACGAGAACGGGGAUCAGCUCGUCCUGGGCCUGAAUGCAGCCUCCAUGGCCCUGCAACUCUCGGAAGUCGAUUUCGAUGGACCUCUCGCCACUUGCCGCAUCGUUUCCGAUGAAAAUUCCAAUGUAAAUUUGAAAAAAUUCGAAAAAAGUUGUCCUUUGAAACUUCAAGACUGUUUCGCGGUGAUGGUCCUUUAAUAGUGCUGCUUUCUUUGGGUUGAUAGAUUUUGAUCUAACCAGCGGCCCGAAAACGAUGUAGGUUUCUUGCUGCGACAUCGCCAAAAUCUCGCUGUCUUACCGUUCCUUCUCAUAAACUUGAAGCGAGCGAUAUCGCUUGCGAUAUAGCAUUACUCUCGCUGCGAUAAAGUCUGUAUUAUUGGAUGAGAUAGUGCUACUUUUUUGAUCGAUUUUGAUCUAAGCCCGAAAGCGAUAUAGCAGAAGCUUAUUGCUGCGACAUCGCCAAAAUCUCGCUCCCUUAUCGCUCCUUCUCAUUAACUUGAAGCGAGCGAUAUCGCUUGCGAUAUAGCAUUACUCUCCCUGCGAUAUAGUCUAUAAUAUUGGAUGAGAUAGUGCUACUUUUUCUGAUCGAUUUUGAUCUGAGCAGCGCUCCGAAGGCGAUGUAGGCUUUUUGCUGCGACAUCGUCAAAAUCUCGCUGUUUUAUCGCUUCUUCUUAUAAACUUGAAGCGAGCGAUAUCGCUUGCGGCGCCCUCGCGGUAAGCAUUACUCUAAUCGAUUUAACUAUAUUAAUUGAUGAACAGCUCGAAGAAAAAAAACCAAAAAAGUAACGCUAUUAAAGGAGCACUUGAAGCAGUCUGACUUCUCUGUGCCCUCUUCUCUCUUGUCGACUCUCCACUCUUUCAAUGAUCUUUUCGUGUUCCUGUGACAGCUUUGGUCAGAGAAAAGAGAGCGCAGACAAGUCAGAACGUCAAAAAGUCGCAAAUGAGUCAUAAAAUUUUAUGAACGGUUGAUUUUGGUCUGAAAAGGGUCCUGUUCGGCUACAGUAUGGUUUUUAAAGGCGCAGAAGUCCUAAAAGUCUUUAAAUAGCACCAAAAACGGCUCUUCGUUUCAAGACCUUUUUUGUCAAUUUUUAAAUCUGAAGCCACAUGGCUAGAAUAUUGAUGAGAAGUAUAUCUUUUUUUCGACUUUUAGAUCAUGAUCAACCCAAACCGACAACAGUGCUCCAAAUCUCAUCUCAAUAUGAUCGUCGCCAUGAAGAAAGGCCAGAGGACUGUGAUGAUCGAACUUGAUGGAAAAGUAUGAAAAAAAGCGCAGGAGAAAAAGUCAAAAUACAAGUUUUUUUCCAGCAAGUUUUCGAUGGAAACGAUUGAAAAAGCCUUGGAUGUCGGUUUUGAACGGGUUGAACAUCUUCUAAUCGCCAUGGAAGGACUUGCGGCCGACAGGAAACCGGUGAAAGCCAAAGUUCGGAUUUUUCGAUUCACUGUCGCUGAAAUGAGGACGGUGCGCGGUACAUUGACGAUCUCGCGAAAGUGCUGCGUUGUAACUGCGCCAGUUUUGAAAUUUUUAGCGCGAUAUCGCAUAUUUAGCGCGAUAUCGCAUUUUUUGGCACGAUGUCGCUAUUUUCGGCCUGUUUUUUCGCUGAUUUCCAACCGCUUCGCUUUGUUUUCGCGCGACCUUGCUGUUUAGAUAUACCGCGCCAGUUCUAAAAUUUUUCUUAACCGACAUCGCAUUUUUGCGCGAUAUCGCUUUUUUCUCAGAUAUUCCGCAUAUUUCCAGCGCGAUCUCGCAUUUUUUUAGGUCUAUUUUCGCUGAUCUCCACCAUUUCGCUUUGAUUUCGCGCUACCUUGCACUUUGGAUAUUUUCAAUUUUUGAGCUCUGGAGGAACGCGAUGUCGCGCCUAGAAAAAUGCGAUACUGGCGCGGCGACAUUGCGGUUUAUUCGCGAUAUCGUCAAUAUAUCGCCCCCAAAAGGUCCUUUCAGGAUUUUAAAUAAGCCCAAACGGCCUUAGAAAAACCCUUUGGUUGGGUCGCGACGGGGUUUGAACUUUUGACCCGUUGGACCGUAGACAGGCCCGCAAUCUGCUGCGCUACGGCGCGCCCGCCUUUUUCAAAUAUUCAAUUUUGAAAAGUUUCAGCUUCGCUCCGUCUCCGGAGAGAGAACAAUCGGCCAGGCUGUUGAAAAUUUGGCUCGGGAACGGCUUUACUACGUUUUCACCAACAUCACCCACGACAAAACGUCUCGUGAUAACGAGAUCAAGGUCUGAUAAUUUACAUGUACUGACACGGUAAUUUUAAUUAGUGGCUAGUAAUUUCUUAGGAAAUCGCUCUGAAUCCUCCUUCAUGUACCACAAAAAGGUCCCAAAAGUUCAAAUCUGUACAAUUUUUUCGUUUUUUGUAAUUUUAUACCGAUUUUCAAAGCCUUGUUCAACGUAUUUUCCGCUAUUUCAAUAUUGACGCGUUUCAGUUUGAAUUUAUUUCGCGAAAUAUGCAAAAUUGGAUGCGGAAAAAUUGGGUCUCACAACGAGAAAAGAAAAUAGAUAUUUUGGGAAUAUUCGUGAAAUUCCCGCCAAAUUUUUGAAUUCGCGGCUAAAAUUUACCGAAAUCGUUGUGAGACCCAAUUUUUCAUGUUAUUUUUACUACGAAAACGGCAUAAAAAUUAUAAUAUCUUCAACCUUUUGGGAGCUGCAAAUCUGUAUAUCUAAUCUUCUAGGAGCGGCAACCCCAUGUAUCUCAAUUUUUGGGAGCUGCAAAUCUGUAUCUUCAACCUUUUGGGAGCUGCAAAUCAGUAUCUCUAACCUUUUGGGAGCUGCAAAUCUAUAUCUUUAACCUUUUGGGAGCUGCAAAUCUGUAUCUCCAUCCUUUUGGGAGCUGCAAGUCUAUUUCUCUAACCUUUUGGGAGCUGCAAGUCUGUUUUUCCAACUUUUUGGGAGCUGCAAAUUUGUAUCACUAACCUUUGAGAGCUGCAAAUCUAUAUCUUUAACCUUUUGGGAGCUGCAAAUCUGUAUCUCCAUCCUUUUGGGAGCUGCAAAUCUAUAUCUUUAACCUUUUGGGAGCUGCAAAUCUAUAUCAUCAACCUUUUGGGAGCUGCAAAUCUGUAUCUCCAUCCUUUUGGGAGCUGCAAGUUGAACCGGUACUCGAAAAAUUUAUAUAGCCUUUUUUUUACAUUCAAACCAAAAAUAAAUCAUCGUUCCCGUUAAUGUCUUGUGUCCCAGGAACCGUGGAAAAUAAAUAAAACACUAUUUCCGUUUUUUUCUUGUAAAUUGGCGAUUUCCAACUUUAGGAAAUCCUCGAAGACGUCCUUUCGUCAUCUGACGUGGAGGGGAUGCUAUGUGAAGUAGUUCAGGAAACGUUUUACAAACUCGGCAAGAAAAUCAUGAGGUUUUGACUGGAUCUACUGUAGAAAAAAAAAUAUAAACUUAUAGGGAAAUUGUCCAGGAAUCGAAUACGCGUUGCGACGGGAGGAGAUUGGAAGAUUUCAGGCCGAUUAAUAUCGACAUCGACAUGUAUCCCAUGUUACAUGGAUGUUCAUUGUUCCAGCGAGGACAGACUCAAGUGAAUAUCGUUAUCGAUUCUAGGAAAAAUUCAGAACAAAAAUCGGAAGAUUCAGAAUAAAAACCGAAAAAAGUUCAGAACAAAAAUCUAGAAUUUUUAAUCAAGACAGCGAUUUUUUUCAAAUCUUUAGGGGCUGUUAGAAAGUGGUUGGUACAUCUCUAGUUACCCGAAAAUAAUUUAUAAUUGGCGAAAAAGUUUUAGAAAUAUUAAUUCCAACAAAAUCUGAACUUUUUUUUUAGAAAUUUGUACAAUCUAGUUAACAAUUAAUAUGUCAAAAGUAUCAUUUUAUUCAUUUUUCAGGGAAAGUUUCAAGAGAAAUUCCUUGAAAAAGGAGCUUAUUUUUAGCCACAGUUUGUGUAAUUUUUGAUGAUAUUUGGCUGGAAAGAUAUUUAGAACUUCUUGAAUCUGUACAAAGAUAAAGUUGAUUAUUUUUCGAGUUAUGAAGCUUGAAAAGUUCAAAAUAAUGCUUUUUUUCAAUGGCCUAUGUAGUUUGAGGGUCUUUGAAACUUUAUUAAUCGAAAAAAAGAGCUGAAGCUAAAAAAAUUCUCUUUUUCUAAAAUCAAUAAGUCUGGAAGUACAAUUUAGUCAAGUUUCUAUAUAUGGUCAUGCAACAAAAUAAUAACUCUAUUUUUUUCAGAUUUUUAUAUUGAAAAUGUAUUUUACUCAUCGUAUAAUUUUUUUCCUUCGCAUGUUUAUUGUUGUACGGCAGUUUUUCGUAUUUCACAAAUUUUUUUGAAAAAAUUUUUUCUCAGGUUUGACUCCGAGUAGGAUGAUUAUUUUUUGCAAUAUUUUUGGUCACUCUGAUUAAUACAUUUCUGCGGAAUUUCAGCUCAAACCAAUCAAUAUCGGCGGAAUUAUCGUUACUGUAUAUUCUAAACAAAAGUUAGAUUUGAGGAAGCUGAAAAAUCUCAACAAAGCUGUUUUUUCCGAAUCCUUCUCUGAAACAUUGAGAUGGCUUUUGAUCAAUUUUAAAGCUGUUCUUUGAAACUGUAAAACAUGGGAAUACACCUGGAAUUCCAGGUAAUGUCAACAGUGACGUUCGACAGUCCGUCUGCAGCCUUCCAUCCCGAUUCUGUCGCCCAACUUCUUGGAUCCCAACGCAAAAAGUCUUUCAUGCUUCAUUACGAGUUCCCCGGCUACGCGGUCAACGAGAUUUCGGUUGGUAUUGUAUUAAAAUUUGACGAAACUCCAGGAAAAAGGGAAAAAAUAGAAUAAAAAGUAUAGGGAGGUUGUGGAAAAGGUUCAAUUCACAGACUAUCAGAGACGAUUUUCUUCUGAUUUUUGAAAAUUUUAUUUUUAGGUGGAAGUAGAAUCCAAACAUACCUAACAAAAAAGUCGACGAAAAUCAGAAAAAAAAUUGGUUUCUUAAGACAUUUUCUAAGUCGGCUUGAAAAUGAACCAUUGUCUAUUAAAUUUUUCAAAUUUUUAAUAGCUAAAAAGCUGCAAAAGUGAGACUUUUACUAGAUAUGAACAAUGAAUUUGAGGAGAAAAUGAUAAAAAGCUCCAAAAAAAAAAGUUAUAAACUCUUUCUGAACGAAAUUUUUUGCGACAAAGGGCGGAAUUUUCUUCAAAAAUUAUCGAUAAUCAAUUUAAUUUCUUUCAAUAUGUUAAUGAGGCCUUUAAAGCCGCGGAAAAUGACCUAAAACCGAUCUUCCCCUUGAGACCUUCAGAAUUUGGCUAUGCGCCUUUAGAAAGUUUAUCAGCAAAAAUGACCCGAAUAUCUCGCUUUUUAAUCCGAAUUUGCUUAGUUGUAUUUAUUCGGUAUUGGAAAACGCUAGUAGCUCUGUAUAGCUGAUUCACGGCCGGCUGGAGCCAUCGAAAAAGGGUCCUGACACGAUAGCAAAGAGAUAGUACUUGGUUGGUGGAGAGCGCAGACACGCCACGCCCUAGUUAGCCGUGAAUCGGCUAUAGUAAAGGUUGCAAUUAAGCCGAAGCUCAAGUUCAAUUUCCAGACCUCCCGCGCAGCCAACAGGCGAGAAAUCGGACACGGCGCCCUGGCCGAAAAAGCCCUAAAGAACGUCUUUCCCGACGAUUUCCCCUACGCGGUCAGAUUGGCCUGCCAAGUUCUUGAGUCCAACGGAUCCUCCUCGAUGGCGUCGGUCUGCGCCGGCUCCUUGGCGCUGAUGGACGCCGGAGUCCCUCUGAAGGCCCCGGCGGCCGGAGUGGCCAUCGGCCUUCUGACGGAUCCGACGUCGCCGGACGAGAACUACCGCGUCCUGACCGACAUCAUGGGCUACGAGGACUACGCCGGCGAUAUGGACUUCAAAAUUGCAGGUAACAAUUCUCCGAGUGUUCAAGCAGUUCGGUUAGAAAAGGUAUAGUCUGUUCAGAUUUUGAAUGUCAAGUAGAAUGACGUCAUUCGAAAACGCUCUGUGGAUGGCUCGCUCUCUGAUUGGUCAUUGGGGGCGGAGUUUCAGCGAGAACUUGAAAUUUAAAAUCUGAACAGACUAUAGUUUGGUUACCUGAGAGCUCCUACUUAUAAUGAUAUAUAGACUCCGCCCACUUUUCGGAUGCCAUAGGGGCCGAGAAAGUGACAGAAUUGUCGAUCACACCUUUUUGGAUGAAUUCUCAGGUUUUUUAUUGAGAUAAUUGUUCUGCGAGGUGUCUAGAAGCCACUAGAAAGAUUUCUGAUUUGAGCGGAGGUCUUGACGAGAAAUAUAGUCUGUUCAGAUUUUGAAUGUCAAGUCGUCGCUCAAGCUCCGCCCCUAAUGACGCGAUAAACCAAUCAAAGAGCGAGCCAUCCACGGAGUGUUUUUCAAUGACGUCAUUGCACUUGAAAUUAAAAAUCUGAACAGACUAUAAUAGAAAAAUUAACACAUUUUUCUUUGUUGCCCCAGCCUGGGUGGGGGAAAAAUUAGGAGCUGAGAAGACAACACAUUUUUUGAAGAAAUGAGCUUGACCGACGCUUUUGGUAGAGUUAGAAUUAGAAAAAAGGAGCAAUUAGUUCAUCUCAUUUUUUUUUUUUGAAACAAAGUUUUUUUAGUCGAAUUUAUUGAUUAUAAAAUUAAAAAUUUUCAAAAACUUGCAAACUUUUAUAGAAGUACCAGUAAUUUUUCAGUGUGGAUUCUUUUUCUUGAGCGAAUUAACAAAUUUUUUUUAACCAGAUUCAUUAAAAAGAAAACCAAAAUCAACAAUAGAAAAGACACGGAAUAGGACAAGAAUUUAGAAUUAUUAAUAAAGGAUACAAAACAUCAUACAAAAUACAACAAGAAUACAAUAAAAUUAUUAAAUAAUACAAUUGGAUACUCGAAAAUAUACCAGGAAUAUAAUAAGGAACCGUUAAAAAAUGAAUAGAUGAUGGGAAUGCCUGUAUUUACCUCGUAGUUAAGAAAUUGAGAAAGUAGGGAAAGAACUUGAAGCUCAAAAAGUGAUAAUCAAAAAUAAUGAAAGAAGAUGACUUUACAGUUUAGGAAAUAAUAAGGGGUAUGAAGUUAAGGCAUUGACAGUCACAAAUAUAAAGAAACAGGAACCAUAAUGUACAUUUAUAUAACAACCUUCAAAAUUGAGCUUUGACGGAUUUCCUCGAACCUGGGCACUUUAGAUAUGGCGUACUGUAGUCUUCCCAAGUUGCUCCUCAGCUCCUUCAUCAUCAGAGCGUAGAUCAUCUCGUAUUUCUAGAAAAAAGUUUGUUUGAACAAUGAGAUUGUCUUAAGUGUACUGAAUACUCGUCGAAACCCUUUUUUGAUUCUGAUAUCUAUUUCUUGAUGGGAUUUCGUGAAAAAGGAGAACUUUAGAUGAAGGAGAAGGCUUCUUACGCUUAGAAUAUUGAAAUAAAAGCGAUAUUCUUUCAAAAAUCAAUUCAAAAACUAACGCAGUUGUGUUGGAAGUGUAAAAGCGCUUCAUUGAGUCGGAGGAUUUCUUGGCGAAUGUCGAACGCCUUUUCCUGGGCCGUCAAGGCGACUCCUUGGCCAGUCCUCCGAUAAAGGUCGUCCAGCUCCAUGAUUUCCUUCUCGACGACGACCAGUUCGUCGUCGAGCGUUGUGAGCAUCUUCUGGGCUAUUUUCUGAAAGCCAAAAAGAUACUAACGACGUCAGACUUCAGAAAAUUCUCAAUGUUGCGCUAAGUUGCUUUUAAAGGUUUUAGGAUUUUCUUAGGGGACUUUAGGUUUGCAGAAUACUUGGGGAUUUUGGAAGCUUUCAAGGUGAAAUGGAGCCCUUUCAGGCUUUUCAAACAUCUUGUGGUUUUAAAGCCAUAACUAAGAGCAUGAAGCUGGCUAAAAAGAAUAAUCGAAAAAGAAAGGCUCACAAUCAUCCACCGGGCAUCCGUAGACGUGAAAUUGUAAACACCUCUCAUCUUCAACGUGAGCUCGAACUGAAAAAGAUCAAUAUGUUAUUCUUUUGACCUUUUUUGUUUUUAGAAAGUAUUUUUUUAUUAAAGACAUUCUCAGGGAAAAUCCAGACAUUUUCUCACUUUUCAUGCAACUGAAAAAUUUUCAAUAUUUUCAAAAAGUUUUUGUUCCCUUUUUAACUAUACAGUUCCAAAUACCUAAUAAUCUAGCCAAUACACACUAAAAAACUUUUCAACUUUCAACUAGAAGGGAUUAUUCACAAGAAAGGACGUCAAAGCUCACAUAGAAUUCUAGUUUCUCGAACUGCUUCAGUACUUCUUGGUCACACGUCUUCAGAAGAUGAAGACGUGCUUGCCACUGCUUCAACGCCAUCUGCUGCGCCUUCUGGAAGGUGGCCUUCUCGACGAUUUUUCGCGACGAUCGAAUCGAUAUCAAUGGCUUCCAUUUUUUUAUGUAGGAACUGGAAAUUUAAAACGAUAAAAAAAUAAAUACUGAAUUUCAAAAAAAUUAAAUUUAUCCGAUUCUUGAAGUUCUUCGAAUAGUUUUUAACGAGAAUCGACUUGAUUGAAAAAAAUAAUUUUUUUGCGUUUUUUUCGAAGUUAUUAAAUUGUAACUAUAGGUUUUUUUCGAAAGGAAAUGAGCAAAAAAAAAACUUCGGGUUUUGAUUUAAAAAAACUUUUUCCUUUUUUUCAAAAAAAGUUUGCGAAAAAUAGGCAAAAAAAGCAGAAAAAGGAGAUAGGUUUUAUAGAAAAUGAUUAAAAUUAGCAAAGAAAUAAAGAAAAAAACCAACCUGGUUGUCAGAAUAAUAAUAGUAGAAAGAAUGUGGUAAUAUGGCGAUUGAUCAGUUGUUGGGAUUCGAUUAGGAAAGGUAGUUUGGUUACCUGAGAGCUCCUAUUUAUACUGAUUGGUAGACUCCGCCCACAAUUUGGGUUCUCAUGCCAGAGGGGCCCAGAAAGGGUUGGUGUAUUCACACCUUUUUGGAGGUUUUUUGUGAUUGGGAUAAUUACCUUUGAAGGUGUCAAGGUGUCACUAGAGUGGUUUGGAAGUUGAGCUUGAUAGACUCCGCCCACAAAUUGGGUUCUCAUGCCAGAGGGGCUCAAAAAGCGUUGGUCGAUUUGACCGUUUUGGAGGGUUUUUGUGAUUGGAUAAUUGUUUUGAAAGGUGUCAAGGUGUCACUAGAGUGGUUUGGAAGUUGAACGGAGGUGUUGAUGGGAGAAAAUAGAUCAUUAUUGGGAAAAUUAACACUUUUUCCCAAGCUUUAAUGCCUCUGGGUAGUGAAAAUUGGGAGUCGGCGUGACCAGAAAAGUAGUUUUUGUUUGAGCUUGCACAAAACUUGAAAUGAAGUUAAAAGAGUCCAUUCUGAUCAAAAAAUGACCCUUACAGGGACUUCCAAGGGCUUCACGGCCAUCCAACUCGACAUGAAAAUACCUGGAAUGACUCGGAAACAGCUCAGUGAAGCCAUGGCUGCUGGCCAAAAGGGCGUCGACUUCGUCCUGAAUAAAAUGAACGCCGUUCGGAGCAAACCUCGGUUCGUACCGGUUUUUGUUGAAGGGAUGAAAAGAAAUUUUGCUCCAGCCAAAAUUGAAUUUAAAUAUGAAAAAAUUGAACUUUUGAAAGAAAAGUGUAGAUUUGUUUAAACUUAUACUGUUGACAUCUCGUUCCAAGUUUUCAUUAAAGUUAUCAGGAAAUGAAAAAUAACGUCUAUUAAGUAAAUUUGAACGACUUUGAGCAUUUAUAGUUGAAUUAUAGUUAAUAAAUGGACAUUUUGAAACUUUGUGAUUUUCAGCCUGAAAAUAGAGCUUUCAACGAAUUGAAAAGUUUCACAAACAGGUUUCGUUAAGCUAUAAAGUUCAUAAAAACGAUAUUUUUUUGAAAAUGGAUCGAGAAAAUGAUCAUUUUCAGCGAGGAGUUCAAGUCAACUGUCCCCGUCUUCGAACAUCUCAAAAUGGAGCCUUUCCGAAGGGCGAAUUUGUUCAGAAAUGGAGCCUAUAAUGCAAAAAUGAUUGAGACGGCCACGGAUGUCAAGGUAUAGGAAAAAAGGGCGGAUUUUAGUCCUCUUAGUUCGCUCCAUUGCUGAAAUUAGAAAAAAAAAAAUUAUUUUUGACGGACCUUUGAUUUUUUUAAAACUGUUUCUUUCUUAGACAUUGGUAACGCGAAUCGGACGUGUCGGAAAAUUUUUAGUUACCCCUUUUUUUUUAGUAGCGGUAGGGCUCUUAAGUGGUUCCUAGAAAUGCUGAGAAACGUUCGGUUUUCAUCACCGAAAUCCGAGAGGAUUAUUUCAACAAAAGUGUUCAAUUCUGAAGUUUUUUCCGAAUCAAACCCAAAAAUUAAUAAAUCCCAGAUAUCUUCGGAUGAGGAAAACAUGGUUCUUCUCCUCGCGCCGAACAAGGAAAAGCUCGAGGCGGCUAAAGAAAUGAUCAAUAAGUAUUGAUUUUUCCUAGAAAAAAAAUUAUAUGAUUUUUUCCAGACUUACCAUCGACACGAGCAAUGUCCAGUACUCGUUUGGCCAGUUUUUGAACGUGGAAAUCGCGGAGGUUAGUCAAAAAAUGGACCAAAAAAGAAGGAAAAUGGAGAUUUUUUGAUACUUUUUUGAGUUUUGGGGGUCUUUGAGGGGUUUCGAAGUAAUUUUUGGGGGUUUGGAAGUUUUUGAAGUGUUCAGAAAGCUUAAGAAUGUUUUUGAAGAGUUCAAGAUAGUUUUGAAAUUUUUGGGAGGCUUCAGAAACUCUAGAAGGUCUCCAAGAAGUAUCUCUUCUAGCUUUGAAAAUAUUUGUCCAAUUUUAAGGUUCCCAAAAGUUUAGCUCUACUCUGAGAAGACUGAUUUUGGCUUGGAGGAAUUGAAAGACCCAGCCAGAUUUUUAGUAUUUCUAGAGAGUUUCUGAAAAGCUUCAAAAAGCUUACAGGUGCUGAACAAAGGUGUCCAAGUCGUCCUGCCGGGCGGAUCUCAGAAAGUUUUCGUCAGCAACGGCCAACUCAGCGCCACCGCCAUCUCUCAUCCCAGCGCUCUUGGAAUGAAGGUCUGGCCUUUCAUUUUGAAAAGGGGUUGAACUAUAAUACUUGUGCUUUAAGUUUCAUGAUUUUUCGAUUUUGAGUCUUAGAUUUGAUAAAAUUACAUUUUUCCGUGUUCGUUUUCUUCUCCGAAAUUCUCCAUGAAGCGCAAAAAUCCAGCUUUUCUGCAACUUUCCCCUUUCAGCCUCGAUUUUUCAAGUUAUCCUAACUUUUUCUGGUUUUGAACCAUCCUUCUACCAGUCUUAUUACCAUUAAUAAUAUGUUUCGAGCCAAAAAAAAACCCAUUUUUCUACGCUUUUUCCUUCUCAGCCCCGAUUUUUCAAGCUCUCGUGGCUUUUAAUGGCUUUUUUCUUAAUUUUUCAAGGUUUUUUGACCAAUUUUACUAAUAUUCCUGGCUUUUAACCAUACUUCUACUGUUUUUAUUGAUUUUUUAGACCUCAAACUUUCAUUUGAACCAAAAAAAAAAAUCCAUUUUUCUACGAUGUUUCCUUCUCGAUUUUUCAAAUUCUCACGGCUUUUGACCUCUCAUAAUUUUGAAGUUUUUUAACCAAUUUUGCGUCUAUUCCUGGCUUUAACCAUACUUCUACUGUUUGUUUCUAUUAAUUUUUUAAACCUCAAUUUUCGCCAAAAAUCAGUCAUUUUUCUUCGAUUUUCCCUUCUUUUCAAGUUCUCAUGACUUUCAACCGCUUUCUAUCAAUUUUAAGGUUUUUUUUUUCGCCGAUUUCGAAUUAUUUUUCUGGCUUUACCAUACUUAUAACAGUCCUAUUAUUUUUAAAACCUCCAUUUUCAUUUGAGUCAAAAAAAAAUCCAUUUUUCUACGAUUUUUCCUUCUCAGCCCCGAUUUUUUUCAAGCUCUCGUGGCUUUUAAUGGCUUUUUUCUUAAUUUUCAACUUUUUUGAUCAAUUUUUACUUAUAUUCCUGGCUUUUAACCAUACUUCUACUGUUUUUAUUGAUUUUUUAGACCUCAAACUUUCAUUUGAACCAAAAAAAAAACAUUUCCUCUGCGAUUUUCUCUUCACAGUCUCGAUUUUUUAAGUUCUCAUGACUUCCAACCGUUUUCCUAUCAAUUAUAUAGUUUUUUAAAAUUUCUUUUGAUGUCUCUUCCUGACUCAAUUUUUUUAUUCAAGCCUAUCAAAAGCGCUUUUCUACGAUUUACCCUUCUCAGCCUUCAUUUUUCAAGUUCUCAUGACUUUCAACCGCUUUUCUUCCAAUUUUAUAGCUUUCUUUUCAACUGUGAUAAUUAUUUUUCGUUAAUAAUCAUUGUGAAUAAUCAGGUUGGCGACAAAAUCACGGUGCAAUGGUUUGGCCGCGACGAAUUGACGGGAACGAUUCGCCUGUCCCGCCGGACACUGGCCGGAUCGAAUCUUCGCUCUACCGCACUCAAAAAAACUUGA